AUGUCUCAAGACAGUAAGAGGCCUCUAAAGGCAAUGUUAUCAAAGGUGGCGACAAAAAUUCGGGAUCUGGGGAAAAAAGGAGGGAAAGAUGGUUCGGGCAAGCAUUCGGGGCCUCGCAGGUCCGUGGACUCGUUGUUAGAAGAAGAUAAAAGGAAUACUUUUGCAAGUGCGCGGCGGCUCCGCAAAGCGGCUAUGACUCGAGAGUUUUCUAGCGCAUCUGGUUUACGGCGGUCCUGGCUAUUUGAUAGGCGAACAGUGGCCGACCUUACAGAUUGCGCUUGCACACAGAACGAAAGUUCUAGGCCUUCGAUCGGUGCCCUAUUCUUCACGCUACCUAUAGAAUUGCAAUUAGAAAUUGUCACUAAGUUGAUAUAUUCCGACAUCAUAUCGCUCCGCAAAACCUCUCGCGCCUUCAAUUCUCUCAUUGUCACCCAUGAGCAUGAAAUCGCCAGAAGACAGAUCAAAAUCUUUGUCGAGCCGAGAUACGUUGCUCUCUACCCACCAAACCUCCCGAACAAGCCCACAUUCGAAUAUCUCUCGAAGUUGGCUACUAAAAGCAUAGCGGCGUCGGAGCUUGCAAAGGCAUUAGCGACACAGCUAUACAAUGACUUCCACGACAAAUACUUCGACUUUCAUCCACAGAGUGACAAAGCCUUGGUUAUAAGGUAUAUAACUGAGAGGUUGCGAUUUUCUCUGAUGAUAAUCCAGCACUUUCUUGAGCAGUUUGCCGAGCGCAAAUUAUGGCGUGACCGGGUGAACGGAUAUGCCUCUCGGGCGGACGAUAUUCAAUUGCAAGAGGCGAUACUGGAAAAAUACUACACUGUUGAUCAGGUCGCUGAAGCAUCUGACUUCUACAGACUUACUCUCUACUUACUAUGGCAGAAUGUAGCGAUGCCGGGAGACCACGAGAAGAUCAAACGUAUUUGGGCAAUAGUUACGGAUACCUUACCGGCGGUGCAAGAUCUCACUAAAUUCAUGAUCGUUGGCGGAAUCCCGGAGCUUCGAAACGUAUACCGCAAGCCAAAGCCAUCUUUAAGGAGGAAGGCAAUGUCGAGGUUCUCGGCGAUGUAUAAGCAUGAACAGGCGAGAUCCUCGAAAAUGGGAACAACCCGGCUACCCAGAAUAUACCACCCAUCGGAGAAUAUCAAAAGAUACUCUACACUCGUAAUUUCGCCAAACAUAUUUCAUUUGUGGAUCCACCCGGCCCAAAACGUCAUGUUCAGAAGGGAGGUCAUAUCUGGAUUGAAUCAAUUCCGGUGUAUCGAUGAGAUCGUCGAGCACUUGUUGGACGGCUGGGAAGACUGGGCGUAUCCCAUGGAUCUCCAGGUUUCCUAUGACAGUGAAGAAGAAGACGACGACGGUGAUACCCAAGUCAGGCACAGUUGCGGGGUAUCAACAGCGGUAGCGGCAUCCUGA